CCCCCUCUGUACUGCAUACUCUCAAGUUCCCCAGCUCCAACAUGUCCGUUGCAUCCAAGAACCUUUUUGCUCUCCUCGGAGAGGACACUCCCUCGGAGGCCCCGGCUGCUGAGACCAAGCCUACUCCUGCUCCUCGUCAGUUGACCGCCAAGUCCACCGUUUCCAAGAAGCGUGAUCCCUCCAAGCCUACUCCUCGUGAGCGUACUGUCGCUAAGAAGGCCGAGCAACCCCGCAAGUCUUCUCGCCGUCAACAACCCCAAGGCAACGCUGCUGCUUUCCGUGAGGGUCGCGAGGCUGUCGAGAGCAACUUGAGCCACCCCACUGAGGGCGCUCCUCAAGGUCGUCCUCGUCGUGGUCGUCAAUUCGAUCGCCGCAGCGCUACUGGCAGAGUUGACACCAAGAAGGCCACUGAGAGAGGUUGGGGCAACCCCGUCUCCUCUGAGGUCAACGCUGACUCCGCUGAGCCUGAGGAGGGUGAGGGUUCUGCCCCCGCUACUCCCAAGGAGGAGGACAACGUCAAGACUCUUGAUGAGUACCUUGCCGAGAAGAAGUCCACUGCCAAGCCUGUUGGCCGUACCGUCACUGACGCUGAUGUCGAUGCUAAGUGGGCUAAGGUUACCAAGCUUGAGCGUACUGAGCCCGAGGACCUUUUCAGCUCCGUCAAGAAGACCGCCUCUGGUUCCAAGAAGUCUAAGGACUCCAAGCCCAAGAAGGUUGUUCUUGAGAUUGAGCAAACCUUCGGUCCCCGCAACACCAACACCCGUGGUGCUCGUGCUCCUCGUGGUCGCGCUCCUCGCAAGGCUGAGGCUCCCAAGGCUGCCACUCCCGCCGCUCCUACUUUGACCGAGGAGGAGUUCCCUUCUUUGGGCGCAUAGGCUGGUGCUCCAAGAAUGGGUUCGAGUGAAUGCUUGCCGACGUUUUGUCGACGGACAAGGGUGUAAAAAAAUGUUGGGCGAUAGAGGUUUCAUGUAGUCUCGCAACGUAUCACACAUCACCGAACCGUUACGCCACCUCUCCGAGCUUAGAGUUGUUAAACAUCGAUUCUCUGCUUUCGAAC